GGCCGCUCCUGGUCCGCUUGCCGCCGACUGGGGGACUGUGUUGAACUUUGAGGUGGAAGAUGUCGGAAAGUAACUUCGGCGACGCAAGCGAGGAACAGGUGUCUGGCGCUGCAGUCCUCGCCCGGGCCCUGAAAGCGCAAGAUGUGAAGUACAUGUUUGGCAUCGUGGGCAUCCCAGUGACCGAAAUCGCCAUCGCCGCCCAGCAGCUGGGCAUCAGAUACGUGGGGAUGAGGAAUGAGCAGGCGGCUUGUUACGCUGCCUCUGCGGUUGGAUAUCUGACAGGCAGGCCGGGAGUAUGCCUUGUUGUUUCUGGCCCAGGUCUCGUGCACGCCUUGGGUGGUAUGGCAAAUGCAAACAUGAACUGUUGGCCCUUGAUUGUGAUUGGUGGUUCCUCUGAAAGAUGUCAGGAAACAAUGGGAGCCUUCCAGGAGUUUCCUCAGGUUGAAGCUUGUAGAUUAUAUAGCAAGUUCUCUGUCCGGCCGAGCAGCAUAGAAGCUAUUCCAUCUAUUAUCGAAAAGGCUGUAAGAAGCAGUAUUUAUGGUCGUCCAGGUGCUUGCUAUAUUGACAUACCUGCAGAUUUUGUGAACCUCCAGGUCAAUGUGAAUUCUAUAAAGUACGUGGAGUGCUGCAUGCCACCUCCUAUUAGUAUGGCUGAAACGUCUGCUGUACAAAUGGCAGCAUCUGUUAUUAGGAAUGCCAAACAGCCCCUUCUUAUCAUCGGGAAAGGUGCUGCUUAUGCCCAUGCAGAGGAGGGAAUCAGGAAAUUGGUGGAGCAAUGUAAAUUGCCAUUUUUACCCACCCCCAUGGGAAAAGGUGUUAUCCCUGACAAUCAUCCAAAUUGUGUAGCUGCUGCCAGAUCCAGGGCUUUGCAAUUUGCUGAUGUAAUCGUGUUAUUUGGUGCCAGAUUAAAUUGGAUAUUGCAUUUUGGACUGCCUCCAAGAUAUCAGCCAGAUGUGAAGUUUAUCCAGAUUGAUAUCUGUGCAGAAGAACUGGGGAAUAAUGUAAGACCUGCUGUGACUUUGCUGGGAGAUAUAAAUGCAGUCACUAAACAGCUUUUAGAACAAUUUGACAAAACACCGUGGCAGUAUCCUCCAGAGAGCAAAUGGUGGAACACUCUGAGAGAAAAAAUGAAGAGCAAUGAAGCUGCAUCCAAGGAAUUAGCUUCCAAAAAAUCCUUGCCUAUGAAUUAUUACACAGUAUUCUACCAUGUUCAAGAACAACUACCUAGAGACUGUAUGGUGGUAAGUGAAGGAGCAAAUACUAUGGAUAUUGGACGCACUGUGCUUCAAAACUACCUUCCUCGUCACAGGCUAGAUGCUGGUACUUUUGGAACAAUGGGAGUCGGUUUGGGAUUUGCCAUUGCAGCUGCUAUAGUGGCUAAAGAUAGAAACCCAGGACAGCGAGUCAUCUGUGUGGAAGGAGAUAGUGCAUUUGGGUUUUCUGGCAUGGAAGUAGAAACCAUCUGCAGGUACAACUUGCCAAUUGUACUUUUGGUGGUGAAUAAUAAUGGAAUUUACCAAGGUAUUGAUACAGAUUCUUGGAAGGAAAUGUUAAAAUUUGGAGAUGCUACUGCUCUGGCCCCUCCAAUGUGUCUUCUGCCAAAUGCACAUUAUGAGCAGGUCAUGACUGCAUUUGGAGGCAAUGGGUAUUUUGUACAAACACGAGGAGAACUCCAAGAAUCCCUGAGGAAAAGCUUAGCAGACACAACUAAACCCUCUCUUAUCAACAUCAUGAUUGAGCCGCAAUCCAUGCGGAAAGCCCAGAUACUGCAUUUUAAGACCUUGUACCAGCAAAAAGAUUAUGACUCGCUGAAAGCUCAGAUGAUGGAGGAGCAAAAGAUGGCAAGUAAAUUUCCCUACAAGGAGUUACUGAGGCUACAGGGUUUAAAUGUCUUCCUCAAGGAUAUAACAAGAUGGAAAGAGUCCCGACCAUUUCCAAGAAGCUGCCUAAGGAACUGCUUCGCCUGAAUGAAGUCUCUUCUU